GAGAAGAAGCGCGACUUAGUCUCGCGCGGCCGGCGGCGGGAUGGCGGUUGCUGCGGGGUAGCAUCUCAGGCCAACUGCUGCUCUCGCCCCGGCCUCGCCGCCUCCACCUCGGAGCGGGAGAGGCCCUCUCCCCCCCACCUCCACAUGAGGGAGAGCGGAGGGGGGCACCUGGCCCCUCUGCCGCCCCACCACGCUCCUGAGGGAUGAAGGCGGCCCAAGGGGGCGCCGAGGGUGAGUGACGGGGGGGGGGUCAAGCUCUCUCGCUUUCCUUUGGCAAAUGCUGCGGGUGAAGGUGCUCGAGUUUCGUAGGAAGACCAGGCCCCUUAGACCAAGGGGGGUGGACGGGACGGGAGUCCGAGCGGCGGUUUGUAGAUUUCAUUAAGGUUCGCCCGCCAACGCUGCCCAAUCCUUUGCGGAAAAGCAUCGGAAGUUCUCUGGCGAAGAGCUCAGAAGGGCCUCACUGCUCCUCGUUCAAAGAGAGCUACGGGGCCUUUCCUUCCAUGGACGGGAGGAAAGCGCUUCCGGGAAGACGUCGGACCUCAUCCGUGAAUUCUUCUCCGGGAGUUAUGUACAGAUUGGAGUUAGGGAGUUUUUUUAAAAGCCCCACCCCCCUUUUUUAAUUGUAGCAUCCAGGGGUGUCGACUCGAAUAAAAUAAUUAUUAUUAUAAAAUGUGAGGGUGAAACGCAAUCAAUCACAAGACCCAGCACAUGCACGCCAUUUGAAUGGCGGUGCCUGUGAACUUGGGGCGGGGGGGGGGCUAGGAGUCUGCUCCUAUGGUAGUAUCUGCAAAGCAUUCAACAGUUGAAUGCUUCUUCAGUGGGGGCGAGAAACAAGUUUGGCUUUCUUUUCUUUAUUUAAACGUGCUCGAUCUUUCUCUGCCGCUUGCUUUUAAGGCGGGUGUGAGGAACCUAUGGGCCUCAAGAUGGUGCUGUGCCCCAGCUCCCAUCAUAACUGACCAUUGGCUAUGCUGGCUAGGGCUGAUGAGAGCUGGGAUCAAACGACAUCUGGAAGCCAGCAGACUCCCCAUCCUGCAGGUGGAAAGGGGCUUGGUGGAACGCCCAAAACGUAGAAGCCGUUGUGGAAUUUACUGCUGAAUCCUAUACUGUGCUUACUUGGUAGUAAACCUCACUAUGUUCAGUUGGCCUGACUUGCUAGUACAUGUUUAGGACUGUAGCCUUUGCAGUCCUCCAUCAUGCAAGAGAUGAGCUUUGUAGAAAGAGAAAGGGGCUUUCAUGGACUAUAAACCUCAGAAAGGAGUUGGAUGUUUCUUUAGCAUAUGCUAACCACCAUGUUGAGUUAAAUCAAAGGUUCUUUCAGGCCUUUUGUCUGCAAGCAGUGACUAGCUAGCAGACCCAGGGAUGUGUAUAGAGGACAUGCUAGAGGGAGUGAUCUAUUGCUUUUCAAAACACAGAGUGAAGAGUAGGUUUUUAAGGUUUCUGGUGAGGGUGGACCAUAGCUGAGUAAUAAAGUACUUGCUUUGUGUGCAUAAGAUCUCAGAUUCAAUCUCUGGUAUAUCCAGUUAGAAGACCAUCAGCAGUGCUUUGAAAGACCUUUGUCUGACCAAUAAAUAACAUGAGGCUUAGCUGCCCAUCAGUAGACAGUAGUGGCCUAGAUGGACCAAUAUGCUGAGUAUAUGACAAUAUAAGAUGAUCAUCCUAAAUGGAGAUAGAUAUCUUGGUAGAAAUGUCAAGGAAAGAAAAAAAUGCGGUUGUGUUACUACCUAGAAAUAUGCUGUCUACACUUGUCACUCUGCAGCUGCCUAAGAAUUUGAAACUUUUCCAGCCCUGAAAAUGACAUACAUAAUACCCACAAUUAAAUGGAGAUGGUUUUAGAGGUGUUGAUGCCUUCUGCAUUUCUGAAGCUUUUCAAAAAAAUAGCAACAUCCAAAAAGAAAUCAUUUUUUUAAAAAAAAUUCUAGGCUGUCUGCCAACAUGCACCUCUUAGUCAUUUGUGGGUUUACAGCUUUCCUGCCUUGUUACCUGGAGGUAGUUCUUACUUCACCACAGGCAGUCAGGUGAGUUGCUAUUUACGGCUUUGUGUUAAAGGUUACUUAACUUUCCAUUGAAAAAAGGAAAGUAAAUAUUCUUGCUACAGCUUUCUUUACAAAUCUUUUGCUCGUUGUGUAUGAUGCUGCCUAACUUGCUUUCUGAGGUUUAAAAAUAUUGAAGUAAUUGCUCCCUUGUAAAGCCUCCUAUGUUUAAAGUGGCAGCAGUGUGCAUUUCAGAUGUUACAGCAUUGUUAGUUUGCCAGUAGGAUAGCUGAAAACAAUGCCUGUUUAACCUGCCUUCUUAUAAAUGUCUCAGAAAGGGAUGCAUCACUUAAGAAUCACAUUUUCACAGACAGCAUUAAUAGUAAAUAUAUCAAUAGAUACAAAAGAAUCAACCUGAGGUCCUUUAGCUGAAAACAAAAUAUUAAACUUUAGGUUUUCUUUUUGUAAACCCACUGAGCUAUAUUUGCCUUUAAAACAACAACAUAUUGAACUCCUCCAUUUGAUUUUGCCAUUCCAUUGUUAUUAUAGGAUUUUAAAUAAAGUUCUGAGGUUUAAUAAUAUGAAGCAGGCCCCUUUUAGCUGUGUUCACUGUAGGAUUAAGCCCUCUUAUUGUGUCCUGAUCUUGAUAUUUUACUUAUGACAGUAUUGAUCUCUUCUACACCCGUAUGUAAGAAAUAUGGAGAACAUAGAUCAGUACCUGCCAUUGGUUAUCUAAUGUUGACGGUACGUAUUGUAAAGAAUUCUGGGUUGCAUGUACCAUGGUCCCAUUCUGCAAGGUACUUUAGUCUAUUCAUGGUUACAUAGCUCAAGUUAAUGUUCUCUGGGGGUUAUGCAGGGAAAUUGAAGGUGAACCUGCAUCUCUGGACUGAAAUUCAAAUAUAUCGUAUGCUUCACUGACUUGCAAUUUCUCUUAUAGAAACAGAGAAACUGAAUAAGAUGAGUUCCCUUCUAGAAAGGCUUCAUGUCAAGUUUAACCCUAACAGUAGACCGUGGACAGAAACCAUGAAGCUUGUCCGGCAAGUUAUGGUAAGGGUUUAGCGUAUUUUAGAUGGGAGUACUUGAUAAAAUCUCCCUGCACAUUUUCAUAAAACAGUGAUUGUCAAGAUUGUCUACUUAGAGAGGACACUGUCAACAGUAAAUUGCCAAGAGAACUUUCACAGAAUGUGUGCAUCUUUCACAGAAUCCCAGCAGUUACAGAAGAUUCUGGGUUGAAUUCUAUGACAUGCUCUCCAUUCUGGUAGCACUGUCUUUGCUGCUGUUCCAUAUCAAUUGUGAAUACUCCCUAGAUGAAGGUGCCUAGCAUUCCUCUGCAACUAUGCACUAUAUGGGAAGAUUGGCAGUGAUGGACCACAAUUGCAAAGAAACUGUCUUUGCUGGUUCUUUUAUCAAAAACCCAGUAACUCUUAGAACACAGAAAGUAUUAGUCAAAACAAUGUAGCUUUUGAAUAAUAAUUCUUUUUAUUUGCUAUUAUUUAGUAGAACAAUUCUGAGCUGUCAUUGGUUUGAGUUGGUGUGACUCAUACAAUGGUCUAGCUUUAUAAUGCACAAGGCCAUCAACUGUGGAUCGUUUUUUUUAUUUACAGCACCCAUAGGAGCUGAUUUUUCCAGAACAAACAAAGUGGAAGCCUUCAGGAAUGCAUUGAAUUCUCCAAUGUUUUAGUUAUAGCUUUCUUUUCACAGUAUUGCUGAAUGUGCAUGAACACUUUCUCUAUUUUUUUCUCUCCAUCACCUUUGAACGUAGGAAAAGCGAGUUGUAAUGAACUCUGUUGGUCACCAGAAUCUUGUCAGCUGCUUAGAAACUUUGCAGAAGGCAUUAAAAGGUUGGUAGAUGCUUCUGAAACAUAAAUAAGUGUUUGUGGUUUAAAAAAAAAAAAGACUAGGAGGAAUUGACAUUAGGAUAAUAAAGGUGUUUAUAUGGUUUGUACUAGAUGGGCGCAAAGAAUUACUGUGUAACUCAAGGUUAUUGGACAGCCCUUUGCAUGCUUACUCAGAAGUCCUACUGUAUUUAGUGGAACUUAUGGCCUUGUAUGUUUAUAACUGCAUUCUUAGGCUCUGUGUUGCUGUAAUGGGUAAGCUGCAUACUGGGCAUGUAUAAUGCUCAUGUUCAAUAGAGUCAUUGAAUCAAUUAUCACUGUAUAGUCACAUGUUAUAUUGCACACUCCUAACCACUUGGUGUCUGGUUAAAGAAGAAAGAUUGUUUAUGUUCCUGUUCAGGCCAGUUACCAAAACUUGCAGCCUGUACCAUAGUAAUUCUCAUUUUUUUUCAAUGGGAAAACUGGGUCAGCGAAAGGCUCCUGUGAGCCCGAAGUUCCCACUCAGUUGACUGUGUGUUGAAUCUCUGCAUAGUUCAAUAUCCUGGUUGUCCACCUUUUAAAACAGCCACUGCUGUGAGGUGGCAAUUCUGUCACUUUCUGACAUCAAGUAUAAUUAAUCAAGUAACUAAUUAAAUUAGUACAGACACAGAAGUUGUCUCUUAUGUACACAUCUGAGGGCAGUUCAGGAUCAAAUUUUUACUCUUAUUUCCACCAGUUGUGGAGUAAUUGUCUACAAUUGUAAGAUUUCUGACCAAGAGGCAGGGUCUUGUCUUUGGGCUGCAUCUUUAGAAUGUGGCACAAGUUCGGUGACAAAUAGAAGUGCCUUGGCUAUUGCCUCUACCUCAUAGUUGAUAAGGGGCUGUGAAGGUGAGCUGGCUUUCUCAGGCAGUUAAAGCUCCAGCUGCCCAGCAGAUGGAAAGAUAGACCUCUAUGUCUGCCACCCCAUUUCAGUUCAGAUCAACUGUCCAUUGAUUUCAGUGGGUCUACUCUGAGUAUGGCUUGGUUGGAUAUCACCUAUUGGGACUUGAAUAAAUUUGCUUAUGUACUUGGCUUUAAACAAGCUCAUCUUCCUCCUAGUGACAUCACUACCUGCCAUGACAGAUCGCUUAGAGUCUAUUGCAAGACAAAAUGGGUGAGUAACUCCCAUGAUCCCUGACAAUUAGCCAACUGGCUGGGACUGUUUGGAAUUUUAGUCCAGCAAUAUCUAGAGGGCCAUAGGUUCCCCGCCACUGAGUAAGAUUAAUACUUUUUGUGUAUCUUAUGUUUAAGAGCUAAUUGAGACUACAACCAAUCACAUUUUUUGGUAUGUUUUUAUUCACUGUUUAUACUACACGCUUAAGAAUGAAGAAGCCAAAGUUUUUGUUGCAGUGAGGUCCAGCAGAUCAAAUGUUUGAUUUAAUUAGACUUAGAUUUUAGUUUAGUUCCAUCUCUACCCUGGAUGGGUGGAAAGGAAUAUUGCCAUUUUUCAGUUUUGAAAUAAAAAAUUUUAAAAAAGGAAUGUUGCCAAAUAGCAAUCACAUGGUGGUUAUGUAGAAAGAGAAAUGUAAGAGGUAUGUACCCUACGCAUUGGACUAUAAUCAAGGUUGGUUGUUGCACUUAUUUCUCAUUGGAAUUAAAGGGACAAGUUAAUCAAGACUUACAGUACAAUCCUAUCUAUGGCUGUUUAGAACCAUUGAAGUCAGUGUGACUUACUUCCUGAAAGUGAGGUUAAGAUUGCAGGUUCAGUAUAAAUUCAGUGCAACCAACCUGUAUGCAGCCCAUUAUUAUCAGUCUUGAGCCUCCAGGAGAGAUGCCUCCAGCCAAACAGAUUGAUGUGCUAUUGAUUGGUAUUUGAUAAAGCUUUUCAUGUGUGAAUACCUUUUCUCUUCUUGUGUGUAAGUCUUGGAUCUCAUCUUAGUGCAAAUGGCACUGAAUGUUACAUAACUUCAGACAUGUUCUAUGUGGAAGUCCAUUUGGAUCCUACAGGACAGCUGUGCGAUGUUAAGGUGGCCCAUCAUGGAGAAAACCCUGUGGUACGUAGAGUAUGAAGGUCACACCAAACUUCUGCCUCCUGCUUUUUGUAGAAACAUGUUUUUACAGCCCAUUCUGUUCUGAGAGCACAGGGCAGUCUACAGUAUGUAUCAACCCUGAGCUUAACAGCUUCCUAAAAUCCAGAUAUCUCUACUCCUGCAUUUAGUUUUACACUUCUCCAGAAGGAAAGUGAUCUAUUCAGCCCAAUUCCCUUUAAGUCCUCUUAGCCAGUCCCUUGUAAAAAAGUCACAAGCUGCCACAUUUUCACAUUCUGCCUACUCUUUCAAAACCGAGGCUAUCAUUUCCCAGCCUUUAAUAAAAUGUUGGAUCCCUCAGUAGUAGGGAGAGAAGUCAAAGCUCCCUUUGCCCUAUUACUAGUGUGGUACAAAUAGCUUGCUAACCAAGUUAGUACCAAUUGUAAUUCUCUCCCCCUCCCCAAACUUAUUUUUUGUUCUUUUCGGAGCAGCGUAAGGAUUUGAGAUCAUUUUUUAACUUUAUAGUCUCAUCCUUCAAAAUGCUUGCAGUCAUUUCUAAUCAUCCUUACUUAUCACCCAGUGUUUGAAACACUGGACAUCUCUGACCUGCCUUCUGCAUUGUCCAAAUAUCCUGUAGGACUGUUUAGGAAAGUUUUAAGGGCUUUGUACUCAUAUGAAGCUGACAUUCCCUAUAGUCAUGUACAAUUUAAGCCAGCACCAUUGUGCUGAAUAACUGCAACAGUUUCAAUUGAAGUUAUGGCACACAUUUUUAUUUUCCCUUCUAGAGUUGCCCAGAGCUGGUGCAGCAUCUAAGGUGAGUACUAAGUCUCUUUCAUUACUGGCUACAUACCUUCUCCAUGUGCAGUUCUGUUGUAUGGCUACAACCAUUCCUCCAUUUCCUAUAAUGUCUCUUGUACAAUUUAUAUACAGCAUUCUGGAUUUAUUGUGGCUUACUCAUCCACCAUAUUGGCUAUUUUAGAACAUAGAGUACAGAUCUUUUCUCAACCAUAGUGCUUUUCAGGCAUUGUGUAGGGUGAGGUGAAGAUUUUGGAAUGAACAAGAAUUGAAGAACUGGGUGGGGCAGCAGUGUUGCUUAGAUUUGACAGCAAACAGUGGGUGCAUAUGAACUGAGGAUAUUCAUCCAGUUUUCAGUUUCUGGCCCUUUUGAAAAGUAGCAUAAAUAGCUCAUAUCAGAGACCAUGAAAAAAGUCCAAUAUCCAGACAAUAUGGAAUUUUUAGGGUCACCAUAAUCAGGUUUCUUUUCAGUUCUCUUUUCCCUGUUAUAAAGCACCACCCUGCCAAAACGAGCCUUUUAAGCAUGCAGUUUUCCUUAGGAUGUAGUAUGUUGCUCCUGCCUUUGGUGGCUAAUUAGCUAUGACUUGAGCCUUGUACAGCUGACCCAAAUCUCUCUCACAACAUGUGAAGAGUAUGUUGACACUGGUGCAACAUAGACCCAAUAUAUAUUCUGUAUUCACUGAGCUGGUUCAAACAACACCAAGUCAGGUUUGGUGUUAUAUGAAUGGGCCUUAUGAUAAGGCCCUCCAUCCUCCCCGUGGGCUCUCCAUUUCUUUGAGUUACUUCUUCCCUAGUACAAACCACAGUUUGCUGUUACCACCAAAUUGUCAAAUAGUUGCUUGUCUUGGCCUCCAAACUGAAUUGUAAAACAGCUUCAAGCUCAUGUUUGAAAGGUCCCUGUUUAUCCAUGAAGGUCUUUGAAAUGCAUUGGAUAAGUCACUGUAACUUGCACAUUUGGGGUUUUUAAAAACAUAGAUUUCAGCAGAAGGUUUUUAACUUCCUCUUUGGAAUUAUAUGAAGACUGUUCUCAUCCACUGCGGAGAGGCCAACUCCUUUGCUCCUAAGUAAGAAGGCAAGGUUGAGUCUUUAAUAAGAAAUUAGGAGUGGCGUCACUCUGUACGUAGGGAUCACCAACAUUUUUCAGCCAGUGAGCACAUUUGGAAUUUUAAGAAAGCAGUGUGAAUGUUAGUUAUAAAAUGGCUACCGAAGGGGCAUAGUGUAGCACAAAAUGGUUGCUGGGUGCGUGUCUAGGAGAGGCCAAGCCAGUGCAAAUAGGAACGGAGGGGGAAGAGCAAAUAGUCUCUCAUGCAUUGUGACUUUUUGAAGCGGUAUUUUCUGAGACCUUUGGCAGAUGCCAUAGAUACUGGCAGGCACAUUGACAUCAUCAGGCACUGCGUUGGUGAACUUGUCAUAUUUCUCUUCUAUCAGGAGAAUAGGGUUGUUGGCAACCACCUAGGCCUUACAAUAAUUUGUUUUGUUCUAAAGAUUUCUCUUAGAAAUUCUCCUUCAGAAUACUGGUUUCAGGGCUAUGAGAGUCACAUAGGGAAAAAGUCCUCUCAGAGAGUUUUGAGAAGGCCCAGGAGGACAAGUAGCCAGUAAAAGAGCACUGAAGCCUACAGAGGGCACAGCACCAUAGGCAAGCAGCUUGGGCCAUAACAUUUCAAAGUAAGGAUACUGAAAUCGAAGCUUCAGUACUUGCAACCCUCCAGUAUGGGGGGGUGGCUAUCUAUUUUUCCUAUGAAGUGUAUUGUGCAUCUUGGAAUUUUAUGGAGGGGUGCUGUAGUAGCAUGUGCUUUUGGAGCUAAAAUGUUGAAAUGGACUCCUUUCACCAUCUCUCUUAGGUGCAUCUAACUGUAAAUAUCUCUGGCAUGUAUGAUUCCUCCAGAUAAAAUUGAUAUGUUUUUCUUUCCCAGAGAGAGAAAUUUUGAAGAAUUUUCUAAGCACCUGAAGGGUCUUGUCAAUCUGUAUAAACUGCCUGGUGACAAGUAAGCAUUCCACUAGUCAUAAUUUCUGUGAUGUGGCAACACUUCAGUCACAUAUUUGUUAGAGCAUUGCAUAUAGUGGUUGAAACCCUGCCCAAUUGUAUGUCUACCUGCCCCUUUUCUCCUUACUUUAUGUGCCACCCCCGUCCCUUUCCUACAUUACCACUCUUGAUUAUCUCUCCCAACUUCAAGGAAGCCAGUGUAGAACUGCAGUAUUACUGACGCUAGAAAGAACACAAAAGGGGCUAAAAUCUGCAUCUUUUUUAAAAGAGGAGUUGUUCAGCCAAGGUUGGAUCCUUUGUGUGCAUUGGAAAUUUUAGAAGUAUGGCCAGUCUUAGAAUAUAGUCUUCAUUUUGUCAAAAAGGGAUUUUUUAAUAGGAAAGCUAAGAAUGUAAGAACCUCAUGGCCCAUCUAGUUCAGCAUAUUGUUCUCACAGUGGCCAACCGGAUGCCUUUGGGAAGCCCACAAGCAGGACCUGAGUGCGAGAGCAGUCUCCCUUCCUGUCGUUUCCAGAUUCUGGUGUUCAGCUGAAAUAACUACAUAAGCUAUAAAAAGUCUGAAGCUUAAGUCCUUGGCAUGUCUGUGAUCUUGUAUGAUAACAGUUGAGAGACCUUCCAUGGAAGGCUGCUACUUGUUGGACAGUGCUCCGGUUGGCUCACAGUGCAAUUCUAUACAUGUACCGUAUACUGGAAGGGAGUCCCAGUGAGUUCAAAAAGACCUACUCCCAGGUUAAUGUGUAUAGGGUUGCCAUGUCAAAGCAUCUUUUUGUCUUUUUUUCUGUACCAAUUUUAAAAUAAUAUUUUAUUUUUUUCUCCUUAGCAAACUGAAAACUAAAAUGUACUUGGCUCUUCAGUCCUUGGAGCUUGAUCUUUCAAAGAUGGCAGGGAUGUACUGGUAAGAGAAGUUUGCCUUACUGAAUGAACCCAGCAUUUACUUGUUGAUGUCCUAAGCAGCAAUACUGUUCAGGAAGUAGAACAUUGAACUUGGAAGGAACUGAGUUCAAAUCUUACUUGAAUUACAGAUCCACUAGCUAUUCCCCGGAUAAGCCACAACAUCUUAGCCUCAGUUCCAUCCUCUGUAAAUAUGGCAGAUGACGAUCAAGUUUAAAGGGCUCACAUGAAGAUGAAUGCAACAAACACAGCCAAACUCACUGCACCCUAAAGCAGUCUAUAGAAAUAGAUGCUUAUUAAUAAAGAAGCUUGCAUAUUACAUUUCUUUCAUUUGAAUUGCUAUUUAAGUUUCCAAAGGUAGCAUUAUGGAAUCCAGAGUCUUAAAACUGAAAGAUAAACAAACAAACAAACCCAACAACUACCUUUGGUCUUUGAGGAUCUGGGGUUGAAAGAUUGACUGCUAAAGUCCAAUGAGGAGGUGGUACUGGAUUUCCAGGCUCCCAUAUCCAAGACCAGCUGUCUGUCCUGUGACCUACACUGCCUAUUAUUUUGGAAGUAAAAAGGAAAAAAUAAUGUCAGAAGGAAAAAUGGGUUCCUCUUUUUAAUCUUAGUGCUGCAAACCUAAAAUUUCAGUUUGGGCAUGUUACAAACUCAGUCUAAGAUAAUAAUCCAAAAGAUUUAUACUGUGGCAGUCUUGGGUCUUAAUUCUGCACCAGCUUAUCAUAUGUCUUUGAUUCUGUCUGCUUGUAGGCAAGCCACCAAUGCAAGCCCUUUGGACAAGAUUCUGCAUGGCAGUGUUGGCUAUCUCACCCCAAGGAGUGGAGGUAGGCGACUGUAAAUUGUGACAGAAGAGGGGUCCAUUUUACAAUACUGCCCAUUUUCCCCCUUUAAAGAUGACUUGUGAAAUGGUGUAAUGCUAUUUUUAUUUUUUAUUUUUUGUUAAAGAGUUGAAAUACCCAUCCACAUAUUAGCCCCUUAUGGAGCUCAGCCUAGCCAGUAUUCCAUAAGCAGAGAAAAGAUGCAUAUUGGAAGACUGCUAGCUAGCAAAGCAAAGAGCUCCAUAAAUGCAAGUGAUCCACCUCUUAACAGGAAAGGCAAAAUAUUCUCAGAAUCUGCAGCCAAAGUGACUUCAAGGAAAAUUCUUUCCCAACCCCGGAUAUAGCCAUCAGCAGGACCAAGAACCUUCAGAGCUUCUGAAUACAUGUUUGGUAAAUUACCGUAUUUUUCGCCCUAUAGGAUGCACUUUUUCCCCUCCAGAAAUGAAGGGGAAAUGUGUGUGCGUCCUAUGGGGCGAAUGCAGGCUUCGCACACCUCUCCGCAAGCAGCGGGAGCCCAGCGCUGGGCUCCCGCUGCUUGCAGAGAGGUGCCUGCAUGCUGAAGCCUGCGCGCGCUGAGCUCAGCGCGUCCAGGCUUCACGGACCUCUCUGCAAGCAGCGGGAGCCAGCACUGGGCUCCCACGGCUUGCAGAGAGCUGCCUGUUUGGGGGCUGGGGUUGGGGGAAGCUCGGGCUUCCCCCGCCCCAACCCCGCGCCUGGGAGGGAAAUAAUUUUUUUCCCUUUAUUUCCCCCCAAAAAAACCAGGUGCGCCUUAUGGGACGGUGCGUCCUAUAGGGCGAAAAAUACGGUAGGUAUACAUGAGCCACAUCAUAAAUUACUGGGUUGUUGGGGUUUUUUUUGCUCAUAGCCAGUAUAUGACUGUGGUUUAAUUCCGGGUGUUGGAAUCCCUACACUACUAUGAAGUUGCUUGGUGAUACUAAGCAGGCCAUUUUUCUCAUGGAAUUGUUUUAAGAAUAAAAACAAUGCUACAUAUGCCACCCUGAAUUCCUUGUAAGAAGGUCAUAAUAUGAAGGUGGCAUAUUCUCAAGGCUGAGCCGCAUCUUAAGUGCCAUGAGAGGAAAAGGAAUGUAGUUGAUGACCUUUAGUCUCCCACGUUUAUUGAAUUGUUCCACUAAGACACUCUUUGAAGCAAAAAGCCAGCUGUUUGGACAGAAUUUAUUCUAUGGUAGAGCAGCCUUGUCAAUCCUGAGUUUUGUCUACAACUCCCAAAAGUCCCAACCAGCAUAGCCAGUGAUCAGGGCUGGUGAGAUCUGUAAGUCAUAGCGAUGGGUUUCUGCUUCACAGAUAAGAGAAUGAGAUUUGGGAAUACAUGGAACUUCAUGCAAAAGAGAAUAGAAGGUGGUGGGUAGUAUGAAAAAUUAACCCCAAAACCCUAAAAUUUGUAGAUCUUUGUCCUAAGAGCUGUGACCUUCCUAAUUACAUAGAAUGCUAGGUGGACAUAAUUUUAUAUGUCCAGAUCAACACAUAGGCAUCACUUCUGACCUUCCCAUUCCCAUUGUGUUCCCUUUCCCAUUAACAAGCUUUCUUCUUUCAGGUCACCUGAUGAAUCUGAAGUAUUAUGUUUCACCCUAUGAUUUGAUUGAGGAAGGUACUGGAGCUCCUGUUAUUCUGAAUGAGAACAACGGUAUGUUUCUAGACAUGCUUUCUGCUUCCAAAUGUGCAUUCUGAACACACCUUGGAUUAUAUUGAAGGUUUUCUUUGAAACCCAAGCAGCAGAUUUCUUUUAUUUUGGUAUAAGGUUUAUUUGUGUUUUCCUGAGUAUAGAUAUUCCCCCCAAUGUUCAUAUAUUGAAAUAGUAUAUUAUAUAGUCAGUUGAGUAAUAUUGACAGCUUCUUAUAUUCCAACACUGUCUGAUGUUUAUCAACAAGCAGUCCUAUUAACAUUCCUGUGGAUUACUAAUUUAUCUAGACUCCAGGCAAGUUUCUUGACAUGUGCAUGUCUUGAUUAACAGUGAGGCAGUUAAAUAAUGAGUUCAGAUUACUGUAGUAGUAGUAGUAGGUUUGUGUUUUGUUUUUUUAAGAGACAAUGGUUAUUAGUAGGAAACAUAACCUUGUACUCUCUGGUUUUCUGGUUAAUGAUUGUGAGCAUGAUGGAGUAUCCUGAAAAUUAUCUAGCCUAAAUGUCAGUACUGGACCUGCAGUGGACCUUGUACAUUAAACCCCCAGCCAUGAAGUUUGCAGCUUGUUGCAAAGACUAAAUACCGUAGUAAACAGCCAAGUGACAAAUUGAACCAGUUUGUGGUUUUUUCUAUGGCUGGCCCAACUUGCUGCCACUGCACCCAUUCUUCUUCCCUCUUAUUCUGAUUGCACCACACGUGAUGGUCUUUCAAAUUAGAGAAGUGGAGUACAAUAGGCACUCCCUCGAUUUUUAAAAUACUUAUUCCUUAAAGCAGGUGUAGGAAACCUAUGGCCCUCCAGAUCAAUUCUUUUCAGGGUUUUAGUGCAUAAUGCUGAUAAGCAACGCAUAACCUCCAGUUUAUUACCCGUUGCUGUGCAGUGGAUUUUUAUUUUUAUUACAGCUGUUUGAAAAGUUAACACUUGCCUCCACUUUCAGUUCCUCGCUACCUGGGUAUGAACAUAUGUGUUACAAUUGAGGGAACACUGACAAUGAACAAACUUCCAAUUGCCCCUCUCAUUAUGGGAUCUCAUCCGGUGGACAACAAAGGGUAAGAAACAGGUGCUAUUUGUUGGUUACUUGUUGGUGCUAUUUUACCAUAAUGAAUUAGAAUGAUUCCAUACGGUCAUCCAAGAUGGACAAUGCAUAAAUUAGUUUUCUAACGGCAUAAAUUAGUUACUCAGAACUGAACAAAGGUGUAUUUACAGCCUUCCUAAUGUUAAAAAAAAAGGUAUUUGCAUGAACCCAGAUGUAAUACUAUUGUAAUCUUUUCUUCUUUAGGACACCUUCUUUCUCCUCAAUCACCAGUGCCAAUAGUGUUGAUUUGCCAGCUUGCUUCUUCUUGAAGUUCCCAAGGCCUAUUCCAGUUUCUCGGGCUUUCAUUCAGAAACUUCAGAACUGCACAGGUCAGUCAUGUCUUCAGAUAAGCUGUUGAUAGAGUUUUGCUAGCAUCAGUGAUGUAUUUGGUGCCAUAACCUGACACCUAGAGGGCAGCAGUCAAAUCAUUUUAAAUUUUGGGUUGAUAUGAAUAUUUGCUCCUCUGUUCUUCAGCAUUUCUGCAGCCUAGAUCAUGUUUUCCAUAUACCUGCAGCUUCAGGCUGUCUUCCUCUUUUUUAAAAAAAACCCAAAGUGUCUAACGUUAAUCAUGAAACUGAUUAACCCAAAUGAUACAAUUGGGAAAAGGCAAGAAAUCAGAGUAAUGCUAAGCAGAGUCUUGUAUUAAUGAGAGCACAUGGAUGUCUUCAUCCUUUUUCCCAUAUCCCUACUGACCACUUAAAAGCUAAUCUUCUCAAUCUGUUUUUGUUACUAGUUUUUUGUGUUUGUUUAAAUCCAUGCCAAAUCCUUAGAGACGUUAAUUUUUCAGUCAAACAAAUGGCGCAGAGCAAGCAGAUACAGAAAAACAUGUAAUUUGCCUAAUUGGGGAGGGACCAGUAUGUGGCCUUCCAUGGCACAGAGGUUGGGUUACUCUCAGGCCUUUUAGAUUGCCUUUAAUGCUACUACUUUUCUCAUUCAUCUUCACACAGAUCAUGGGAGGGCUAUCUCACUAAUAUACUUGUUUAAGAUCCUGCUGCUUUUUCUUCAAGAUUACUAGUGUAAUUUAUUAGUGUUCAGGUAUUUGAACCCAUCUGUCCCAGGUGCAGCACUCCAUAAGAUCACGCUGAUUUUCAUGUUAGCUCCAUGUCAAGAAUUUCACAGUUCCUAGCAUUCAAUAUCCACAUUGGAAUAUAUUAAACACAAGUGGUUUCUGGAUAACUGAUUAUAGAAAUUUGACGCUGCAACAAGCAUCUCUCAUGUCAAGUUGUAGUGAAAAUUUUUGAGAUCCCCUCUAGUACAAAUACAAGUUGUAGGUAACAGCUAAUGCUUGUAUUUUAUGAGAGGACAAAUCUCUGGGUGGGCGGUUAUAGUUUUUUUUCUUUUCUCAGGCAUUCCAUUGUUUGAAACCCCUCCAACGUAUGUCCCCUUAUAUGAGCUUAUCACACAGUUUGAGCUAUCCAAGGAAGAUGACCCUGGACCAUUGAAUCAUAAUAUGCGCUUUUAUGCGGUAAGUUAUGUGGGGAUUUCAUAAAUUACCUUCACCCACAGAAUGUGAGAAGGUUGGUAAAUUCUAGGUGCACAAUCAGCUAAAUAUCAGUAAUUUUAAUACAGGAUCCUAUAUAUAGCUUUUCAUGAUUAGACAGGUUAUAUGAUCUUAUGUUCUCUCAGUGAAAUACUUUACAUUGUUAGAGAAUUUGUGGUAGGUUUAGAUGAUGCCUUCAGUAUAAAUUAUGGUGAAGUUCCACCAUUGUUCUUUAUCUUGAGGCUUCAGGGAAGAGUGGUCAUAAAGUGCACAGCAAAGGUAGGCAACUUAAGGCCCAGGGGCCGGAUGCUGCCCAAUUGCCCGCGGACGGUUCAGGAAUCAGUGUGUUUUUGCAUGAGUAGAAUGUGUGCUUUUAUUUAAAAUGCAUCUCUGGGUUAUUUGUGGGGCAUAGGAAUUCGUUCAUUCCCCCCCCCCCCAAAAAAAUAUAGUCUGCCCGCCCCCACAUGGUCUUUGGGACGGUGGACCGGCCCACGGCUGAAAAAGGUUACUGACCCCUGGUACACAUUAUACUGGGGAUUUGCUACAAAAUAGUGCAGUGUUUUUCCACCCCUUAUUUGGAGCACUUCUGUUAAAGGCUCAAGCUUUCUUGGAACAGGGAAUCUCAUGGCUCUGGUUCCAGGACACCUUUUUAUUUUCCCAGUUAUUCUAUUUAUAAAAAUAUUUACAUCCUGCUAUCUCAUAAAAAAUCAAAGCUGUUUACAACCAUAACUAACCGUUAUGGAAAGUUGUUUUCUUAAUUGCUUGUAUAGACUAGGGCCUCAGCAGGAUCUCCUGCCCUAUCUAUUGAGAAAACCCAGAACAGUCAGGAAUUGGAUUCAAUCAGCAUCUGAGGAUAGACUAUCCUAAAUAGCAGUCCACCCUUGUAGGGGAGAGUUGUCACUGCAAGUCCAAACCUCAACAGGAAGUAGUCUGACCAUGCCAAUGGGAGGGAAAUCUACCCCUCCUAUUUCCAGACCACCACCCUUUCCACUUGGAGCAAAAGACUUAAUCUAGGGUAUGCCCUGCUCUGUGUGCUGGACCAAUGAUCACUUGUGAGAUCUAUACAAAGCCAUUUUGAUGGCACCAUUUUGCUUCCUAACUGAUAGAUGUUCCACUACUCGUUUGCUUUUAAGAGAGAAUAUUAGUAAAGGUAAAGGUACCCCUGCCCGUACAGGCCAGUCGUUACCGACUCUGGGGUUGCGUGCUCAUCUCGCUUAAGAGGCUGGGAGCCAGCGCUGUCCGAAGACACUUCCGGGUCACGUGGCCAGCGUGACGAAGCUGCUCUGCUCUACUUGUACUUAGGGUGCUUUCGAACUGCUAGGUGGGCAGGAGCUGGGACCGAACGACGGGAGCUCACCCCGCCGCGGGGAUUCGAACCGCCGACCAUGCGAUCGGCAAGUCCUAGGCACUGAGGUUUCACUCACAGCGCCACCUGCGUCCCAAGAGAGAAUAUUAUUGAGAUUAUUAUUGAGAGGAGUGCAGUAGAGAAACUGAACCUUGGACUGAAAGGAAUGAAGGCAAUUCCUGUUCUAAGAACCUCACAUGAUAUGAUUAGUGAUCUGCAAAAGAGAAUUUUUGGCAUUAUGUAUUGAUAAUACUUUCAACUGACUCCUCAAAAGACAAAGUAAUUAUGCUGCUGUUGCUAAAUUUAUACUGAUGUCUAGAAAAAAAUAGCAUGAGAUGGUAUAUAAUGAGAUCUUAUUUUAAUCCCAGUACCAGAAGAUUAAGUAUUAACUAGGCAAGCCAUAUAAUUGAGCCCCAAAGAGAGCAAAUACAACCUAGCGGAGUUUCCCAAACUUGGGUCUCUAGUUGUUUUUGGACUACAACUCCCAUCAUCCCUAGCUAGCAGUACCAAUGGUCAGGGUUGCUGGGAAUUGCAGUUCCAAAACAUCCAAAUUUGGGAAACCAUAGCACUGGUUCCUACCUCUUUUAAUGUGGACACAAUGCUUUUGUUGUAUCUAUUUGUUUUUGUCAGAGCCAUUACUCACCUUCCUUUGCCACUAGUAGGACUUUUUGGGAAAGGGUGGAAUAAAGUAUAAAGGAAUAAUGCAGUUUUGUUCUUCAAAAACAGUAGUUUGGUUUUCAUCUCCUGGCUAUGCAUGAUUUUGUAGCACCCAUCCAUACUUUACCAAGUAGUAAAUGUGAGAUUGUGUGUGCCCCCUUCAUAACAGGCUUUGCCAGGACAGCAACACUGCUACUUCCUCAACAAAGAUGCCCCCUUGCCAGAUGGACGAAGUCUUCAGGGAACUCUGCUCAGCAAAAUUGCUUUCCACCAUCCUAGUCGGGUUCCUCUCAUCCUCAAUUUGAUCAGGCAUCAGGUGGCCUACAACACUCUGAUAGGCAGCUGUGUCAAGCGAACAGUCUUAAAAGAAGGUGAGUGCUAGCCAUGGUACAUUGCCUGAAGUAUUUUUAAAAACAUAUUGGUCUCUAUGAUCUGUCAGUCUUCUCCGGAUGUUGUUAGGUUUAAAUCACUACAGCAGCUGACUCCUUUGGCUUUUCCACCAAUUUAUUUCACUUGCCUAGGAAAAUCAGUUUUUCUAUCCAUUUAUGUAUGUUAAUACUUGUACUCUUAGUACUAUGGUUGCUUCUCAACCCUUGCAUUUAUUGACCAUAUCAAAAUUCUGAAUAGUGUAAGGAAGCAUGAACAAGAUAGCCAGUAAGUUCAGGUUCAGGAUUUCCAUUCAGUUAGUAAGGAAACUAAGCAAGAGUAUAAAAAAACUAAAGAAAGCAGGCCCUAAAGCAAACUGCUCACACUGCAGUUAGCAGGCAAAGCCCACAAUGCACCAAACUAAUAUUUAUUUUAUUAAAAUUAAUAGAAGACUCUUCCUUCCAGAGUAAACUUGAAGCAGCUAACAUAAUAAACAUAAACUUUGAAAAGAUUAGAGUAGCUGUUACCCAACUCAUGCACCAUCAGAUGUUUCCUGACCUAUUUUUCCAUGUCUUAGUUGAGCUGCAAGUAAAAGUAUGAACAUCUUUCUCUCUUUCCCUUAUUUUAUCUAUAGGGUGAACAUGACUUUUUAAACUUAUGGCCUUUGCUAGCAAGCUCUUUUGUCUUUCCAGAUUCCCCAGGCAUCCUGCAGUUUGAAGUCUGCCCUCUGUCAGAUUCCUGUUUCAGUGUGUCCUUUCAGCAUCCUGUAAAUGACUCUCUAGUAUGUGGUAAGUUGCUGGAUGGAGGGUUUUAAGAGAGAAAAAAAUUAUGUAUAAACAGUCAUUGAAUGAAGAUGGACACAUUUUCAAUUUAAUGACCUCCCUGUGAUUCCUCUGUGUCUUUCAGUGGUAAUGGAUGUGCAAGAUUCUACACAUGUGAACUGCAAAUUGUAUAAAGGGCUUUCUGAUGCACUCAUCUGCACAGAUGACUUCAUUGCUAAAGUUGUUCAAAGGUAUGUCAUACUGCUUAAGCCAGAAUAAAAACUGAUCUUUGAAGACAGUGGUUAAAUAUAAACCUGGUAACGCAGAGGCCACUUACAUUAAAGUUUUACCAAGGGAAAAAUAAUUUUACAGUAACAUUUUCCUAUUAUUCUUUUUAUAUUCUGCUCUAAUGGUGACAGCAGUAAAGGUCUACACACACAGCAGUUUUAUUUCAGUAAUGAGAGCCUACCCCAGGCAAGGGAGGAAAGUUUCUGGGCUAAUACUUAAAACAAUGGCAUCCUGAACCUUUUCCUUUUCCUAUUUUUUUUUGGGGGGGGGGUUGCUUUAAAUGUUUGGGACACAUGCCUUCCAUUACACUGCAAUCUCUAGCUUCCCUUUCAGCCAGAAUUAACUUGGAGCUCCUGCUUUCCAUCUCUACAUUUCUAUUUCUUUUAUCUAUUUAUCUACAUAUAUUUAUAACAAAAUAUAAUAGAUGGCAAAUAAAAGUAGAAAGAGGUAAUUAGAACUCCUGUUACCUUUCAUGUCCAAUAAUCCUUAUGGAGAUUUAUGGCACUGCAGCAAGUCCAUCCUUCUGUGGUUUUCUCAAAAUUUAUCGUGCCCACACUUUGACAGACCUAUCAACUCAGACUAUGCUGUCUUAGAUGGUGUGCUUUGGUAUUAAAAACUCUCUGCAACUUAGAGUUGGAUUUAAGGUCAGCUGCUGAUUUCUAAUUAUUAAAGGCAUUUGGGUUCCCUUCUGUCUGUCAAAAGGAAAAGGCUCAGUCCUGUCUUCUGUGGGUUGCUUUUACUGCUGGUGAUAAGGAGCUUUCCUCCAGGAGCAGAAGUUUGAGACAGGUGUCCAUGCACCAGUGACAUAAGGCAAUUUUGUACACUUUGUGUAGGAAGAAGAGUAUAUGAAGCAUGUACUCAAUUUGUGAAAAGUGCAUGCACUUUAUAUUUUAUAGCUUGCACUUAGCUGUGGUUAUCCAUUAUGGUCUUUAUAUGUUGUGCACACUUUCAUGUAUGCUGAAAUGAUACAUGUAGAAUUUAUGUCUUCUGUUAACUGAAUCUGAAGAAUGAUGUUUUCUAUCUCUUCUGGGCCUUCAAGCCAUCUCUAUAGUCUUUAGAGAAAGGAGUAAAAUGAAUAAAAUAACGAAAUUCAUCUUGAUGUGAAUAGAAAUGAUUUAUUUGAAGUUCAGAAUUUGGGUUUCAUUAAUGUGCAUAGCCAUGUAUGAAAGGAGUGCCUAGAUCUGUCUGUCCUGUACUUUACUCUGUAAUUCAGGGGUGGAUAACCUAUAGACCACCAGAUGUUGGACUUCCCAACUCCUAUCAGACCCACCCCACAUAGCCGAUGGGAGUUGUAGUCCAACAGCAUCUGGAGGACUGCAGGUCCCCCAUCCCUCCUGUAACGACGCCAGUUCUUCAGUUUAGCAUUUUCAAAAUGUGGCAUAUUUACUUAGGCCAUAUUUACUUGAACAGGCUCUUCAGUUCAGCAAAGCCUUAACAUGCUUUGAUUUUGUCAUGUUCAUGAAAUAAGUAGAUAAAGUGGGAACUCUCUUUUAAAAAGCAUACAUUCACCUAUUUAUUUAUUUAUUUAUUUAUUUAUUUAUGAGGACUUUAGUGAAUUGAAUAGGGCUUCCUUACUCCUCAGUUGCUACUUAGUUGCAGUGGUGGAGAAUUCGCCUCUAGAAAAAAGAGUAAAAGUUUAUAUUCCUGUAUAUAGUGUGCCUGAAUAGUACAGAAGUGAGGCUCACUCUGUAGAGCUGUACCCAACACUGCUCAUAAUUGUUUAUAAUGAGUACAGCUUUUAGCUUCAUGGGGGAACUUACUGCUGGCAAGGAUGACACUAAACCAGCUUUUCUCCACCUUGCCUUAUAGAUGCAUGUCAAUACCUGUGACCAUGAGAGCCAUCCGGAGAAAGGCUGAAACAAUCCAAGCAGACACACCAGCUUUGUCCCUCAUUGCUGAGACAGUUGAAGAUAUGGUGAAAAAGAACCUGCCCCCUGCCAGCAGCCCAGGUUAUGGCAUGACCACCGGCAACAACCCAAUGAGUGGCACCACCACCCCAACCAACACUUUCCCCGGGGGACCCAUCUCCACCUUGUUCACGAUGAGCAUGGGUAUAAAAGAACGGCAUGAUUCAGUAGGCCACGGGGAAGACUUCAGCAAAGUGUCCCAGAACCCUAUCCUUACAAGCUUGCUACAAAUCACAGGCAACGUGGGCUCCACUAUUGGCUCCAGUCCCACGCCUCCACACCAUACCCCUCCCCCUGUGUCAUCUCCGGCAAGCAACACCAAGAACCACCCCAUGCUCAUGAACCUGUUGAAGGACAAUCCAGCUCAAGAUUUCUCAACGCUCUAUGGAAACAGCCCACUUGAGAGGCAAAAUUCCUCUUCUGGCUCCCCAAGGAUGGAAAUGGGUCCAGGGGGCAACAAGCAAAAGAAGAAAAAAUCACGUGUCACGGUGGAGAAACCCAAGCAUCAAACUGAAGAUGACUUCCAGAGAGAGCUGUUUUCCAUGGACGUUGACUCCCAGAAUCCCAUCUUUGAUGUCAAUAUGACCACUGACGCUUUAGAUACCCCUCAUAUUACUCCAGCUCCCAGUCAGUGCAGCACUCCACCAACAACGUAUCCACAGUCUAUACCUCAUACCCAGCCCAGUAUUCAGAGGAUGGUUCGGCUCUCCAGCUCAGACAGCAUUGGUGCUGAUGUGACAGAUAUCCUUUCUGACAUAGCAGAGGAAGCAUCCAAGCUACCAAGCACCAGUGAAGAUUGUCCUCCUAUUGGAACACCAGUAAGAGACUCCUCUAGUUCAGGGCAUUCCCAAAGUGCCCUGUUUGAUCCUGAUGUCUUUCAGUCUAACAACAGUGAAAACCCUUACACUGAUCCAGCUGACCUGAUUGCCGAUGCCACUGUGAGCCCAAACAGUGACUCUUCAAAUCAGUUUUUCCCUGAUGGAGUUGAUUUCAACCCUGACCUCCUGAAUAGCCAGAGCCAAAGCGGUUUUGGAGAAGAGUACUUUGAUGAUAGCAGCCAGAGUGGAGACGCUGAUGACUUCAAGGGCUUUGCAUCACAAACGAUAAGUACUCUGGGCGUGCAAGUGCUGGGGGGAGAUGGAGGGGAGAGUAAGUUCAAGGCAAGCAGCCAAGCGGACACAGUCGACUUUAGUAUUAUCACUGCUGCCAGCAAGGCUCUGGGGGUCUCUGAUGUCAUGGAGCAUCAUAGUGGAAGCCAGAGCCCCUUACUGAGCACGGGAGAUUUGGGGAAGGAAAAGUCGCAGAAGCGGGUCAAAGAGGGUAAUGGAUCCGGGAGUUCUUUAACGGGCCCUGGGCUAGAUGGCAAGGGUGGAAAACGCAGCCGCACCCCAUCCAGCGAUGGGAAGAGUAAAGAAAAGGUCCAGAAGCGGAGGAAGGUGGAGCCAGAAGGCAAAUCUCCCUCUCAUAGUUUGUCUACCAGGCCUUUCACCCCACCAGCAAGCACAGGUGGCUCGAAAUCUCCUGGAAGUUCAGGCAGGUCUCAAACACCCCCUGGGGUAGCCACUCCUCCCAUACCCAAAAUCACCAUCCAGAUUCCCAAGGGAACAGUGACUGUUGGCAAACCUUCCCAUGGGCAGUACACAAGCAGCGGCUCAGUCUCCUCUUUGAGCAGCAAAAGUCAUCACAGUCAUUCCUCCUCCUCCUCUUCCUCCUCCUCAUCGUCAUCCUCGUCCUCUUCGUCUUCCUCAUCGACCUCGGGCAAAAUAAAGAGCAGCAAGUCGGAUGGGUCUUCUGGGUCCAAGAUGAGCAGCAGCCUCUACUCGGGCCAAGGCGGCUCUGGAUCAGGUCAGUCCAAAAGCUCCACCCAAUCAGUGGGAAAGCCCGGGUCCUCCCCCAUCACAAAACACGGCCUCAGCAGCGGCUCUGGAGGUACCAAGAUCAAACCUCAAGGGAAGCCUUCAUCACUUAUGAACCCUUCCAUGAGUAAACCAAACAUUUCUCCUUCUCAUUCUAGACCCUCGGGCGGUUCUGACAAGCUGGCCUCUCCGAUGAAACCCGUUCCAGGUACUCCCCCGUCGUCUAAAGCAAAGUCCCCUAUUAGUUCCGGUUCUGGAAGCUCACACAUGUCUGGGACUGGAUCAAGUUCAAGCAUGAAGUCCUCUUCAGGGAUGGGAUCCUCCAGUUCCAUGUCCCAGAAGCCACCCCCUUCUUCAAAUUCUUCAGCGGGAUCUUCAUCUUCCUUCUCAUCUGGCAGCUCUUCCAUGUCUUCAUCUCAGAAUCAGCACGGGAGUUCAAAAGGCAAGUCCCCAAGCCGGAACAAAAAGCCAUCUUUGACAGCUGUGAUAGACAAACUCAAGCAUGGUGUAGUCACCAGUGGCCCUGGUGGGGAAGACUCAAUGGAUGGACAGAUGGUCCAGAGUUCCAGUUCCUCAAGUCACUCCAUGUCCUCCAAACACAACCUCUCUGGAGGUGAAUUGCAGGGGAAGCGGGAAAGGAGUGACAAGGAGAAAUCCAAAGUCUCUGUUUCAGGAGGCUCCUCUGACUCUUCCAAAAAGGCAUCUGAUUCAAAGAAUGUUGGAAGCACUGGAGUGGCCAAGAUUAUCAUCAGCAAACAUGACGGUGGCUCUCCUAGCAUUAAAGCCAAAGUUACCUUGCAGAAGCCUGGAGAAGGAGGUGGGGAUGGCUUAAGGCCUCAGAUGACAUCUUCCAAAAGCUAUGGAUCACCACUAAUAAGUGGGUCUACUCCAAAGCAUGAGCGCUGUUCUCCCAGUCACAGUAAGUCUCCAGCAUAUACCCCGCAAAACAUUGACAGCGAGAGUGAAUCAGGAUCAUCCAUAGCAGAAAAAUCCUAUCAGAACAGCCCCAGCUCUGAUGAUGGAAUUCGGCCUCUUCCAGAAUACAGCUUGGAAAAGCAUAAGAAACACAAAAAAGAAAAGAAGAAAGUAAAAGAUAAAGACCGGGAUAGGGAUAGGGAUCGUGAUAAAGAGAGAGACAAAAAGAAAACUCACAGCAUUAAGACGGAGAACUGGUCUAAAUCUCCUAUCUCUUCAGAACAGUCUAUGACAAGUAGUGCCAUUCUUACAUCAGAAAGGCCAUCCAGGCCUAGCCCUGAUUUUUUGAUUGGGGACGAAGAUGAGGAUCUCAUGGAUGUUGCCCUGAUAAGAAAUUGAGAAUAUUUAGCCAAGGUUGGCAGGUGGGGAGUGGGCUGGGGCUAAAUGUUUCAUAUAGUGUUGUUUUAAAAAUGUUUUUAAAGUUGUGAGUGCAAACAACACCCUUGUGGGUUCAGAUAAAAACAAGCAUUUUUCUUUGGCUGUUCUUCUUGACAAAUGGAGCAUAGUGAAAAAAUAUUCUUCAAUUCUUGGAAGUUUACAUGGACUCUUACACAUGCAUACUUCCAUCUAAUCAGAGUCUGUACCACAAAGAAUCAAUGCACCACGCUAUUCGGUGUAGUUGUCACUUGUCCCAGAGUUACAUGCCUGUGGACUUGCAAGAUAGAAUUGAAACUUGGGCAGAUAUUCCAUUUCUUUUACUUCACUUUUUUAGGAACAUUUUCAUUCUGGAGCGUAUUUUUAGUGUUCAGGAUUUAAGCUUGUUUGGGUUUUGUUAUUCAUACUCUGAUAUUUACACCAAAAAUUAAUUAGCGGAAUUGGUUCUGUGCCUGGUAUCUCCCCUAGUUCACAAGGUGCUGACUGCCAUCUCCUAUUAAAAAUAAAAUCUGAAAUGGAACUGUUCAGUGGAUAGCACCAGUUGGGCCCUUAUGCAGGUGGUGAAGUAUUUGACAUAGAUGUGUUACAUCUUUUACAGCCAUUUCACUUAAUCUUUGUAUUAUAAAAUUGAUUUCUUCCAUGGAAACUGUUGGCUUCCAUGCAUGUCUCCUCUGUUACCGCUGGGUAGUAUAAGAUGGCAACUGAGUGGGGAAGAAGAAAGUGAGGGUUUGGUGCUGUGAGUGUAGAUUGGUAGACUUCUCAGCCCCUUUAAUUUUGAAGUGGGUUGAAAACCCAGCUGGGAGAGAAUGCUGUUAAAAUAAGUGGGAGUGACACUUUUUCCCCUUGGUGAGUGUGGUUUGUUGGCAUGAGUGUGGAAUCAGUUUCCUCUUUGGUAUAAGAUCCACUGCAGCAUGGCUCCUUUACAUACCACUCCAGAAAAGUAGGAACCUUGAGGUCAUGUGGGAGGAAUCAGCAGUGCAGCUACUUCCCUUGGCAGUUGUCUCAAAUCCCAGGCAGAGUGAAGUGACUGCAUCUUUGACUCCUCUCACAUGACUUCAGCAGUUACUGGAACAGCAUACUGGAGCAGCUCACAGGCCAGUGAGGUAAUAUAGGCUUCCAGACCUAUUAAGAAAGAGCCUAUAAUGUGUGAGUGGUCAAAAUAUAUGCUUAGUGAAUGUACACUUCCAACUCCCACCUAGAUACAAGGGAAACAUUCUAGAAUUUUUCCAUAACCACAUAGUACCAGAUAGAGAUGGUAUUGUAGUGGAUUAAGAUUUGCCAUUAGAAUUUGCCUUGCUGCGUUCCAUUGAAGGCCAUGAACUAUAUGCAUAUCACCCUCACCUUGAUGUCUUGUUCUCUCCAGUAUCGUCUUCACAUGGAACAUUCCAUGAUGCUCAAGAGAAUAGGGUAGCACGUGGUCACACAGAACUCCACAUGGUAUACUAGAGUAUACAGCAAUAAUGGGGAACCUGUGGCCAUCCAAAUGUUGCCAGACCUAUAACUCCCAUCAUCAUUUGCAUGACCAUUGGCCCUGCUGGCUGCAACUAAUAGGAGUCAGAAUCCAACAACUUCUGGAGUGUCACAGCUUCCCCAUCCCUGGCAUAAAACCACCCAUGCGGGGUUUGCAACGGUUGCAGGACUUUAUGAUACCUAACUGUACACCCCAAACUGUUUGCACUCUUAGAAGCUUUUAUGUCAUAGGUUUGCUCCACCAAAGAUUAUCUAAUGAAGAAGUUGCAUUGAGGCUUCUAAUGGAGAAGCUGUACCCCCACACAACCAUAAGUUGCAGAGUUUGCCUGACUUGUGUACCUGCUUCCUGAGUUUCCGAGAUACUGCAAAUCAUAAAUUCAGAGCAAAUGACACAAUUCAUUUUACUGCAGACGACUUGGGUGUGUACAAGGUCUCUGAUAGAUCGAGAGGUUUUUUUGUGAUAGCCACAUCACAGAAUGUAAUUCUGUGUAUGUUCAGGCCACAGCAGUUGUGUUUAUUAUGAUGGUUUUUACAGUAUUCUUUUCAUUUAGGGAAGAAGCUGGGUUCUGAGAAACACAGUGUGCAACUCAAAAUGAGAAGCUUUUUUGUUUAAGGCUUUGGACAUCUUGCUGCAUCCCAGCAGCAACAUUUGAGCGGUGUUUUCAUGAUGGGAUGCACAGUAUAGUUCUGGUAUCCUCUGUAAUUGGAAUGGAAUUGUUGAAAGUAUUUGGAGGAUGAAGGCUGUGAGGAGCAAUGUAAUACAAUUCUUAGGUAUGGACAGUGUCUAAAAUAUUAAAAGAGGUAAUGGCUCUUGAACCAUGAAUUCUACCAGAUCUUUUAGAGGGGUUAUUCUUUGGGUCCCAAAGUUAAACAAUUGAGACUUUCUGUUUUUCAGUGGACAUCCACCUUGGCCAUUAGUAGGUUUUUGAGUUAUACAAAAAGGUUCUUCAGAAUAAAAACGAGCCUUGAUCCAGUGUAUGAGAGGUGCAGGAUUUGCUCAUGAAUGGAUUCCCUUAUCAGUCAUAAUGGCUCUUUCCCUGGCACAUAUGAGGGAUGAGGAUGAUGCAUCAGCCUUCCAUUUCCCACAAGUGCUGAACACCCAAUUAUAUGUGGGAAAGAGGGGAGAGAUUAGGUUUAUUGUGGCCUAUGAGCCCUCUGUGCAUAAACUGGAUUGUCAUAUUAGUUCCAUGGAAGUCUAAAGUCUACCGUGCUAACAGGUUCUAAAAUUGUGUGGUUGUUUUUUUUACCUUAUGCAAGCAGGAUGUUAAUAAAGUUCUACUUUUAAUACAACAUACCUUUUUUUGUCCAGCAGUGAUGUUUUUUUUCCCAUAGGGAAUGAAGAAAGAUAAACCAUUCAAAGAAUAGUUUCACCAAUUAAAAUUGGGAGUACACAUACCAGUAUCACACAAUCCUAAAAUCUCUCAUGUUUACUUCUAAAAGUGCAUUUAUUUGUUCACAAUACCCUACAUCUUUCAGUAUUGUAAAUACAAACAGAAAAUAGGAAAUAAUCAAACCCAUUAAUAUCAGGUGUAGGUACUUCACCUGAGAUUAAGAUUGGUUCUUUUCAUGUACAUGGUAGGUCCUUUACUCUUGUGAACAAUUGUGUAAAUACUGCUUCUGGUGACUGAGGAGGUGGGGAAGGACUAGACUGCAUUUUUAGUUUUUUGAUGGUACUUCAAAUAACCUGUUUGUUUUACAUGCAAAUAAAUUUUGUUUGAUAGAAAUGUUUGCCUCAGAUCAAUUUCUGCACUUUACAAGUUGGCUUCUACCUGGAUGAAGUUCUGAUUGUCAAGUAAGAGCUCUUUUGGAAAGAGGGAAGCCUUUUUUGAAACUUCAAUUUCAAAACUUAUAAAGUUGGUAGUGCAUUUCCAUCACGACCAUAGCUGUUUUAUAUUAGCAGGAACUGAUAAGUGCUGAAC